AUGAUGACCAGAAUAGCAGCGUUUCUUGCUCUUGUAUGCCUGUGCACGGGUAAGUAAUUUCAGAGAAAUACUUAACGUCAAGGAAAUGUAGCUAUUAGCUAGCUAGCAUCAGUAGGUAAUUAACGUUAACUGAUGAGAAUUUUCUAGCGAGUUAUGUCUUCAUAUUUUGCCGUGUUUGAUACCAUAAGUCUCUAGUAAAGAAGUUCUAACUAGCUAUGUUUUUGAUAGCUAGAUAAGGCGAAGGUUAGCUAGUGAACUAGUAGAUCGCUGGCUAGCUACAGUAGUAGCAAUUAUACAUUUAACUGAAUAUUCAGAUUUAGUAUCUGCACCAUGAUUUUGUUAUGCACUAGCUCUCAGCUGAUAUAAUAGAGUAUAAAUGAACACGACCAUCAGCUUGAGGUAGUAAUGACUUUGCUUGACAUGCCAUUGCUGUAUGUUGUUUAGGGGAGAGCUGUUCAGACCCUGUGAUUACCCCGUCUGCCUACACCACUUCUGAUGCCGUCAUCUCCUCUGAGUCUGUCUUCAUCGUAGAGCUCAGCCUGGCCUGUGCCAAUGGAGCCCAGGUACUGUAGUUAUCAGACACACACGUCUCUCUCUCCAUUCCAUUUUCAAUUUAAGGGCUUUAUUGGCAUGGGAAACGUAUGUUAACAUUGCCAAAGCAAGUGAAGUAGAUAGUAAACAAAAGUGAAAUAAACAAUAAAUAUUAACAGUAAACAUUACACUCAGAAGUUCCAAAAGAAUAAAGACAUUUCAAAUGUCAUAUUAUGUCUAUAUACAGUGUUGUAACAAUGCGCAAAUAGUUAAAGUACAAAUGGGAAAAUACAUAAACAUAAAUAUGGGUUGUAUUUACAAUGUUUGUUCUUCACUGGUUGCCCUUUUCUUGUGGCAACAUGUCACAAAUCUUGCUGCUGUAAUGGCACACUGUGAUAUUUCACCCAGUAGAUAUGGGAGUUUAUCAAAAUUGGGUUUGUUUUCUAAUUCUUUGUGGGUCUCAGUAAUCUGAGGGAAAUAUGUGUCUCUAAUAUGGUCAUACAUUUGGCAGGAGGUUAGGAAGUGCAGCUCAGUUUCCACCUCAUUUUGUGGGCUGUGUGCACAUAGCCUGUCUUCUCUUGAGAGCCAGAUCUGCCUACGGCGGCCUUUCUCAAUAGCAUGGCUAUGCUCACUGAGUCUGUAUAUAGUCAAAGCUUUCCUUAAGUUUGGGUGAGUCUCUCUCGUGCUCACUCUUGCUCGCUCUCUCUCUCUGUGUGUGUCUUCCUUCAACAGAGUGUGGCUCUGUAUGCUGAUGUCAAUGGAAGGCAGUUCCCUGUGACUAGAGGCCAGGAUGUUGGCAAGUACCAGGUAAUACAUGGCUCUGGUCACACACACACACUCUAUGGGCCGUCUCCCAGACACAGAUGAAGUUAAUCCUGGCCUAAAAAAGUAUGCUCAAUGGAGAAUCUCAGUUGAAAGUGCUUUAUAGUCCAUGACUAGGCUUAAUCUGUGUCCAGGAAAUCUAUGUCUAGGAAACCGUCCCUUAUAUGCACUUAUGAAGAGUAACUUGUGUGUUUAGCUAUAUGACAGCUCUUCACUCUGUGUUUCUCAGGUGUCCUGGAGCAUGCCCCAUAAACAGGCCAGCUCUGGUACGUACCAGGUCAAGUUCUUUGAUGAAGAGUCCUACAGCUCUCUACGCAAGGUAGGCCCUAUAGUGUCUCACACACACACCUGUCCUAUCUGUGUAAUGUAGGUGCAUUCCAGGAAUUUGGCACCGGACAAUGUGACCGGCAAGACUUUAAUUUACCGGACGUUUGAGAAAUGUCCAUACACAUUGGGUGCUUAAAGCAUUAGGGCGUCCACCUACGGUGCUCAAAAUCACAUUUUGAUUAUUGUAAUUCAUCUUAACAGAAUAGAAAUUAGCCUGUGAAGUUGUAAUAAAGUAAAAUGAUGUUCUUAUACUAACAUGACAGGUUUUAUUGAAAAGCAAAACAUUGCCCGUUGUCUUCAUCCCUGCUAUAAAUCAUAAAUGAAUAUAAUAAAAAAACAUUUAGCCUAGAAGAACAUGUCACCUACACAGUAAUAAAACACACAUUUGUAUAAUAUAUAAUUAGUAAACGACCUGUCCUAUAGGCUAUUUGUAUGAACAUUUUCAUAAAUAACAAAACAAGGCUUGUUUAAUUUAGCCUAGGCAUGAUCAUUUUAAUUAGGCCUAAUAAAUAACAAAACGUGUCUGUCUACGAACACCAGGGCCGGCCGGUCAUGGCUAGAAGGGAUCCAGCUUUUGUCAAAUUAACGUCCGAUUUGACUUUUCGUAGCAGGUUAGGGGAAUUUAUGCAGCAUAGUAGGAUAAUGAAUGUAGCAGGUUAGGAGAAUUAGGAAAAGGGUUAGGGGUUAGAAGAAGACAAAAUAAUCUACUUUUGAAGAUAAUUUGACAAAAGCUGGAUCCCGUCUACCCAUGACCGACCCCGCCCCACUCAUUUUACAUUGACAUUUUAGUCAUUUAGCAGACGCUCUUAUCCAGAGCGACUUACAGUUAGUGAAUACAUAUUUUUUUAUACUGGCCCCCCGUGGGAAUCGAACCCACAACCCUGGCGUUGCUAACGCCAUGCUCUAUCAACUGAGCUACAUCCCUGCCGGCCAUUCCCUCCCCUACCCUGGACGACGCUGGGCCAAUUGUGCGCCGCCCAUGAGUCUCCCGGUCGCGGCCGGCUGCGACAGAGCCUGGAUUCGAACCAGGAUCUCUAGUGGCACAGUUAGCACUGCGAUGCAGUGCCUUAGACCACUGCGCCACUCAGGAGUACUCCCCAUUCCUGCUGCGAUUCAGCACCAUAGCGGUGGAUAGAGAACACUCGAGGUGGCCACAAAAUUUAAGAAAUUAUAAAACUAAUGUUGGACAAUCCUAAUUUGAUAUGUAAAUAAACUACAUUCGUUAAGGCUGGUUCAUUGAGAACUUAUUUUACAAUGCUCCUGUGAAACGAGGCCCGCGCCAUGCAUUAAUGAAAGCACUUAUUUCCUAAGUUAAAAUGAUCUAUUUUUACAGUUCUACUGGAUGUUAAUAAAUGUUAUGUUUAUUGUAAUUUAAUCUAUCGUGGGGUCGUGAAUCGUGUAAUAUAUGUGGCUUAUUGAAAAUAACUCUGUUUCCUACUAUAGGCAGUUGGCUGCAUUGUAACUCUCUGAUGUGCAUAGUUGGCAAUUAUGUUUUGUUUCAAAGUGCUACUGAAUACGCUAAACUGAAAUGCACCAAUUGUGCAUGAUACACAUCAUUACUCUAUCAAUCCAUUCCAAAUCUUUAUACUAUACAUAACACGGGUGCAACAUAUGUUGAUCUUACCUAGGGUGGCAGCAAAACUGCUAGGACUGGGCCUGAAGAACACAAUAAUUUGCCUCUAAUUUACUUGCGUUUGCGGCAGACCUUGGCCUUCUCAAAGUGAGCCACUGCUAUUGGGAAGUCAAAACUGUACAACUCCUUGGAGCAGCUUGAUGCACAUCAGCCUCGUUACUUUGUCCUCAAGAAGGCGCGAUCUUGAUGCCGUCUUUACUGUUUUGGAGAAAGAAUCCCUUCUCGGCGGGAACACAGGAAACAGGGAUAAUCAACACAAUCUUCACCAAUUUUGCCCAGUCCCUUAUGAGGACCUGGCGCCAGAUUUGCCCAGUCCCUUAUGAGGACCUGGCGCCAGUUUUGCCCAGUCCCUUAUGAGGACCUGGCGCCAGUUUUGCCCAGUCCCUUAUGAGGACCUGGCGCCUUUUGUGUGAGUGAACAAUAGAAACAAAACCGACAGCUUGAAGAUUUAUCAGCCUAUGAAUUAUAUUUGUCUUUGAAGUUGGAGCACAGCCACUGGUAUUUCCAUCAAUGAAUAAAAAUCAUUUAUUGGCUUUUCAUUUUUUUUAUAGGCAAAAAGCCGUCAUUUACCGGCUAAGGGAAACCCUGGUGCAUUCAUGCUUGUCUGUUUGUGCCCCUGUCAUUUGAUUUAAAUAAAUACUGUCGCUUUUAGCCAUAUGCAAAUGUUUGUCUGUUGAUAUUGAUGUUUGUUUGUUUAAUCCAGGCCCAGAGGAACAACGAGGAUGUAGAAUCCAUCCAGCCUCUCUUCUCUGUCAAUGUAGAUCACAGGGUGAGUCUGUGAACAGUAUAACAAAUGAAUACAGAUCUCCACUUAUGGAUGUGUUGAUUCUAUGCACAAUACAAUUUGGAAAUUGGAAACACCUAGUGUGCCUCAUUCUCAUCUGAGAUUCCUUCCUAACUGCAGCUUUAUCUUGUUGAUUCUAGGGAGCGUGGAACGGCCCGUGGGUGCCUACUGAGGUUAUGGCUGCUCUCAUCGGCAUCCUGGUGUACUACCUGGCCUUCAGCGCUAAGAGCACCAUCCAGGCAUAA